UACACGCCGAUGAAGAGGGCGCACAUCGCCAACACAUGGGUGGGCGCAGUGGUGGGCGCCAUACCUCCCAUCAUGGGCUUCACGGCCGCCACCAAUUGCAUCGACAUGUCGGCCGUACUCAUGGGUCUGGUGCUGUAUUCGUGGCAAUUCCCGCACUUCAACGCCUUGUCCUGGAAUAUGCGUCACGAGUACGCGAGGGCUGGCUUUCGCAUGAUGUCUGUCACUGAACCCAAGCUGUGUAUCAAUACAGCGCUCCGGCAUUCGUGUCUUAUACUGUUGUACAGCACUGUUAUGUGCACAACCCUUACCACCUGGACCUACGGCAUCGACUCCCUCCCCAUCAACCUCUACCUCAUAUACCUGUCCUACAAAUUCCGGGCCAAUCCCGACGCCAAGUCUUCGCGAAAACUGUUCUUUUAUUCAUUGAUUCAUUUGCCGGCAAUUAUUCUGUUGAUGUGUAUCAGCAAAAGGAGGCCUCAAAGUAGUGCUAAUAAUGUGAAUACAGUUAAUGAUAUCAAACAAUCAGUGGCCGGAAAU